CCAGCAAUCGACCCUCACGUGGCAGGCGGCCUAACCGUGCUUUUCACCAUAAUCUAUAUUGCCCCCUUCUACCUUUCGCCAACCCUUCGGAGCAAUUCCAUCACCAAUCGUAAUACGCCUUCGGUUAUCAAGGCUCGUACCCGCGCUGUAUUCUGGAGCUGUGUGGCCAGCGUAAUCAUUACUGUCUGUGUGCUCUUCUUCAGAGGCCAUGUUGCCGUCGGGGAAGUGCUCCAUUUACUCGGCGUGUAUCCCGUGAACGUCCUCGAUACUGCCGAAUCUUUCCUACUUGUAGCCAUCCUCUUCGCUGGUCCUCUGUUCGAGAGAGUCAUUGUCGAGGGAGAAUGGAGAAGCUGGGGAGCUACUGCAAUCAAGGAAACGGUCUAUGAGGACCUGAUAGGUUGGCGUAAUCUCGUCGUUGGUCCAGUAAGCGAAGAACUGGUGUUCAGAAGUCUUGCAAUCUCCUUGUUUCUACUGGCGCAGACAUCUGCACGUCGCAUAACGUUCACCUCGCCGUUGAUCUUCGGUGUUGCUCAUGUACAUCACUUGCAUGAACACAUAAAUUCUUCUCGGCGGCCGGGAGCAAGCUAUCUAGCUACUGCUCUGACACCCUCGGUUAUACUGCCUGGUCUGAUUCGUUCCAUCUUCCAGUUUCUUUACACCUCGCUAUUCGGGUUCAUCGCUGCCUUCAUCUACCUACGUACGAGUUCUCUCGUAGCUUGCAUCCUUGCCCAUAGUUUCUGCAACUGGAUGGGUCUACCUAGAUUCUGGGGCCGUGUCGGACAGGAAGUUGGAGAAGAAAUGCUAGACCAGGCACAUUACGACGAUGGCAGCGUGACUGACGCCUUGAGAACGGGCACACACGGUCAACGACUGCCGAUCACCUGGACAAUUGCAUACUACAUAAUCCUCUUUGCUGGCGCGAUUGGAUUCUGGAAACUGCGGUGGUCGUUGACACACAGUGACCUGGCUUUGAUUCAAUUC